AUGGGGUGCUGUGUUAGCACUACUAAUGACAAACCUUCAGCUCAAAAUCUUCCUCACAAUUCGAAACAAAACCGAACUCCACCACCGCCUUCCCACCCGUUGCUCGAGGAAGAAUCUGUUAAAGAAGUGCUCUCAGAAACUCCCUCGGUGCCCAAGAAGCCUACCAUCGUAAGAGCACGUCACGAGUACCAAGACCCCAAAAAGUUCAAAUCCUUAUUGCCAGCCACUGCUCCUAAUAUCCCAGAUGAAAAGUUCAAGAAACCCAUUAUGGUUUUGAAGCCGGAGGAGUUUUCUGAAGAGGCUUCUGAGAUCUGCAGCACUCUCAGUGAGAGUGUUUCAACGGCUACUUACUGCACGGAGAAGAAUGACGAUGAUGGGACUGACAACCGGCUCAGGUUUUUCCGGCAUCGGUCGCUGUCCGGGGAUUGCAGGAGGGAAAGGGUCGCCGGAAAGUCGCCGUCGAAGAGGCCCGAACCAUCUCCGGGUCGGAUAGGAUCCGGAUCCGGCAGAGAUGCCCGCGGGCGAGUGGCUAACAAUGGGCAGAGGAGAGAUUGUGGAGAGAGCUCUGGCCGGAGGUCUAGGUCUCCGGCGACGCGUUCGGAAGGUGGUGGCGCGAAGACGGGCCUGGUAAGAAAUGGGUCCGCCAGGAAGGGCGGGAAGUCGCCGGGUCGGGUCAAGUCGGAAGUGGGUGAUAAGAUCCGGAAGGUGGAGGAUGCUCAUAAUGGCAACUUUGGCUAUAGUAACAGAGAGAGCAGAGAAAACAAGUGGCCACCGACGGGCAAUGAGUCCCUGGAAAAUCCGCUUGUGUCCUUGGAAUGUUUUAUUUUUCUGUAA